UCUCACAUGAUGAGAGCUGAAACCAAAUCCGUUUGUGGUUCGGAUGCAUGAGAAAUGCAGACUACAAGAACGAUCUCCUCAGGUUCGAAUUGGAAAACUUCACGUUUCAAAAGCUGGAUUUGAAUCCCACUGUACUCCCGGGCUGUCGAAAGUGAGCUCUUUAUUUAUUACGUAGUGCAAAUUGUAAGGACGUGAUUUGCUUGCAUCACACUCUCGGAGAGAGACGGGCCCGCGCCUGGGAGCUGUCCCAGCCAACAUGGUGCUGAAGCCGCAGCGAGAGCAGCAUCCUCCGGCUUUACUGAUGAUCAUCAUCAUAACAUAACAUCUCGUGUCAGAUAGAUCUGCACAACGCGUCGCAUGGACGCGUUGGAUUACCACGCAAGAGCCACUUCAGUAUUUUCCCAGCAAUUUGAUUCAAAGGAAAGGCGCUGGAUGUGACAAAACGACGGACUGUGGAUAGCAAAAAUAUUUCCUCAUCGUCGAAAGCGAAUCUGUUCCUUAUCUGGACUGAUUUUCGAAAGGCAUGUCUGACAUUACACGGGACAGUGAGCUAAACUGCCUUGGGAUUUCUGCAACAAGGGCUGGGUGUUUAAGGAGAUAGGCUGCCUACACUAACAAGACGUUGGCACCUUAUAUCUUCAGAAGGGGACUUGUGCGGGAUGCAUUUGUAAGCGAUCGAACCUGAAACAUGAGAUGAACGCCAAAGAUAAUUGCUGGAUAAUUGACAUGAUUGUGGCUGGAUUUGAUUUCACGCAACACACUUUGUGUUCACAUUAACAUCAUUACACGGUAGUCGCUUUCGGAUGAUGUCUAAUAAGCGAGGAAGGCGUGAACUGGAGAACAGAAAUUGUGCGUGUGGUAGACUACAAAUUGUUUAAUUAUUAGACAAACCCUGGCUGCCGCUUGUUUGGCUAUUCUGACGAAUAGCCUGCAUUUCUGUUUUCCUGCUUUUGAUGACUAGAUGCCACUGGCAAUAGUACCUCAGGCUAGGAGCUCCUUUGUCAGAAGCUGUUCGCGGGAAUCCCCGAUAUUUUUCAUUCAAAUCGUGUUAUUUGUCCGCAAAUGUUCGAUUUGAGUAGUUUAUUGUAGCCUUUAUGGCCAGUAGUUGUUAACGCCUUAUAGAUAAUGUUUUGUCAGGUAACCUAAAAUAUGCUUCACGUGGCAACAUCUGAAUGAACUAGUUUUCUUGAGGUACUCGAGUUGACUGAAUCGCCAUUGGGUUAUGAGCAGGGAUAUUAAAGGGUUCCCACUUUUGACAGUUACUAUUACAUGUGCGUACAAUCGUCAGCUUCUCAACGGAAACACUAGCGCGAUGAUGUAGCUCUUAUUAGAAUAAUAACGGUUGAAAAUAAACACCUUCUCUGUGUUCAAACGGUCAGUUUGAGUGAGGUGAGCAGGUAAGCGCUGUUGCUCACGAGACUGAACGGCGGCACAGGUGUCUUUUCUCGUUGGAAACCAAACAGUAAGUUCUUUUAUGUGACCUCCUGGAGCCCAGUAACAGAUAGCCUUUGCAUUAUAGGCCGUUUAAAAGCAUAGACCGCAUUUCCAUUAUUCAUAAGACGGGCACAUGUUGUUGGCUAUCGGUGUCAUUGUAUGGUGUUGGGGAUUGUUGAGUCGCAGACCGAUGCUGCGCCGCCAGGGCAAGCAGAAAGGCCGCUGUUGCGUCUUGUUCAGUGACCUGAAGGUUUUCCUACUCAGGCCACCGGCACCGUCGGCAUCGCCACCUGCCUUCACACCCAUGAACGAACUAACAACGGAGGGCAAUGCGACGAGCAGCGCCACGGAGAGCCACUUUUUAGCCAACGGACAUUACCAGCCGGUAGCAGGUGAGGCUGUGGACACACGAGGGAGCGAAGACUGGACUCAUAGCGGGUUGGAUUCACCGAGGACGCCGGACUGCUGCAGCUCAUCCGAGGAUUGUUCUAAGGAGAAGCUGGACGAGAGGUUAUCUCUGGACAGCUGCACGGACAGUGGAGUCAGGACUCCUUUGUGUCGGAUCUGUUUUCAGGGCCCAGAGCAGGGAGAGCUGCUGAGCCCGUGUCGCUGUAGUGGUUCUGUUCGCUGCACUCAUGAGCCCUGUCUUAUUAAGUGGAUUAGUGAGAGAGGAUCCUGGAGCUGUGAACUCUGCUACUACAAAUACCAGGUCAUCGCCAUCAGCACCAAGAACCCGCUACAGUGGCAGGCCAUUUCUUUGACGGUGAUAGAGAAAGUUCAGAUAGCUGCAGCUGUUUUGGGUUCCCUGUUCCUGAUUGCCAGUAUCUCCUGGCUGGUCUGGUCCUCUCUCAGCCCAUCGGCCAAGUGGCAACGGCAGGACCUGCUCUUCCAGAUCUGUUACGCCAUGUAUGGCUUCAUGGACCUGGUGUGCAUCGCUCUGAUUGUCCACGAAGGUCCCUCCGUAUUUCGCAUCUUUAACCGCUGGCAGGCUGUCAAUCAGCAGUGGAAAGUCUUAAAUUAUGACAAGGUCAAAGACAAUGAGGAGCAUCAGAAGUCCGGUGCUGCGCUCCGUACCCUCUCUCUGCCGCUGACGCACCGGAUGGGGCCGACCGGCACGGAUGGAGAAGCCUCCACCUCCACAUCCUCCCUCAUGGCUGCAGCUGCAGCGGCCGCGGCGGGCACCGCAACCCCCAACACAAACUCCGUCCCGUUGGCAGCAGGUGCCAUGACAGAGCCGCAGGACUCGUCUGAACCCAGCAAUGGGCAGCCCUCGCUGCCAGACCACCACUGUGCUUACAACAUCCUUCAUCUCCUCAGCCACCACCUGAGGCCCCAGGAGCCACGCGGACAGACCAGCAACAGCAACCGCGAACUGGUGAUGAGAGUCACUACAGUGUGAGGCUUCCAUGGGGCCUAGUUUAUGGUUCAAUCCCUGCAUGCGACGUAUUUACAAGAAAGGAUUCACUGAGGAAGACCCAGUGCAGUGCUGUCCGGGUUUAAACCAUUUGUUUUUCAAUUUCUUACAGUAUUGAAUAAAACAGAGGAAGCAGUUUCUCUCACAGUGGCUUCAGGAAAGAUUCUGACCUUUAGAUUUUUUAAAUGUGAGCAACUGAGAAAGGUCAAAGGUCAGUGUGGUGGGGUCUCGGAGUGUGUGCGUCCGUGUGUAAUGAGUUUAUUGUCAGCUCAAGGCCACAGUCAGAGCUGUGACCGUUCUGAAGCACAAGCAUUACAAUGCAAUCCAGUUUCUCAAACAGCGCAGAGUGAAGGUCAAACGUUGCGCUGAAAAACGGAGCGCUGCAACUCACUAAUUUUACAAUUGCUACAUGUUGUAUUUUCAGAUAAAAUCCUAUUAUUAAUGUUACUUGCAAGAAUAAGCAAGUCUAAAUCUGUUUCCUAACAAACCAAAUGUGGUACUGAAGAAGCAAACUAUUGUGUUUACACUCACAGGCAGUACGUUUUUUUUAGCUAGAUCUAUCCUCUCUGGUUUUGCCAGUCUUGUACAUCAAUAACAGGAAACCACGUUACAGUGGAGACAGCUUGCAGCAAUUGAACAUUUUACAAACUACAAAAAUUCUUGGUCAACUGACUGACUUUGUUUACAUUUGUUAAACUUGUGAGAGAAAAAGGUUGCUACAUUAAAAAGAAAAAAGAAAAAAGA